AUGCAAUCCCGUGGAAUUGCAAUUCCGACUUGCAUUUCAGAUGAGAUAUCUACCAUUCCAAGCAGUGGCUUGAUGCCGAUGCAGCAGAAAGAGUCAAGAACGGUUGAGCAGUACUCUGGUCAAGAGUUCACAAGUGGUAGCGGCUUCAUAGCAGCACACGUUCUCGAUAUCCUCCUCGAGCGUGGCCAUUCCGUCGUGACGACCGUCCGCUCCCAAGAGAAAGUAGAGAAGAUCAAAGCUGCGCACCCGAAUGUCCCAGCGUCGAAGUUGGAUUUCCGCAUCGUCGAAGAUAUCGCGAAGGAGGGGGCCUUUGACGAAGCGGUGAAGAUUGACGGGCUGGAAGCUGUCAUCCAUACUGCCUCACCUUUCCAUUUCAACGUUACGGAUACGAAGAAGGACCUCUUGGACCCGGCGAUCAAUGGUACAACAGGUGUCCUUAAGGCUAUCAAGAAGAAUGCCCCGACGGUGAAGCAUGUGGUUAUCACAUCGUCCUUUGCAGCGAUUGUUGAUGGCUCCCGGGGCAACUCCAUUCCCGACCACACAUAUUCAGAGAAAGACUGGAACCCAAUCACAUUCGAACAGGCCCAUCAGAACGCGUCGAAUGGAUACCGUGCUUCGAAGACGUUUGCCGAGAAGGCUGCUUGGGAGUUCGUUGAGAAGGAGAAGCCAAACUUCACUCUGUCCACCAUCAACCCACCUCUAGUCCUGGGCCCAAUCGUCCACUACCUCAACUCGCUCGAUGCGCUCAACACCUCCAACCAGCGAGUCCGUGACCUGAUCCAGGGCAAGUGCAAGCAGGAGAUCCCCGAGACGGGAACCUACCUCUGGGUCGACGUCCGCGACGUGGCUCUUGCGCACGUGAAGGCCAUCGAGCUCCCCGAGGCAGCCGGCAAGCGCUUCUUCGUCACGGCUGGCUACUUCAGCAACAAGGAGAUCUGCGAGCUCAUCCGCAAAGACUUCCCCGCUCUGGAGAAGGAGCUGCCCGCGAAGGAUGUCAAGGGAGGCGACUAUCCCGCUGCAGGUCUCUACAAGUUCGAUAAUAGCAGGACGGUGAAUGUUCUUGGUAUCAAGUUUAGAAGUCUGGAGGAGAGCGUCGUGGAUCUGGUCAAGAGCUUGCAGAGCGUUGGUGCUUAG